ACACCAUCCUCGCGCUCACAGCCGUUUCUGCAUCCUCCUCCUCUCACGUCUCUGCAGUAACACAGCACAAUGUCUGCUAGGUCUGGAGCUCCGGGCCAUGUGGCCUCCAACACUCUCCUACUCCGGCGUCAGCUCGCGGAACUCACCAAGCAUCCCUUGGAAGGCUUUUCCGCAGGUCUUGUCGACGACAACAACCUCUAUGAGUGGGAGGUGAUGAUCAUUGGCCCUCCGGACACCAUAUACGAGGGUGGCUUCUUCAAAGCUCGCCUGAGCUUCCCGGAAGACUUCCCCCUGAACCCUCCGAAGAUGAAGUUCAUCACACCGAUGUGGCAUCCUAACAUCUACCCCGAUGGCGUCGUUUGCAUCUCGAUCCUACAUCCACCAGGUGAAGAUCAGUAUGGAUAUGAAGAAUCCGGAGAGCGUUGGCUGCCCGUGCACACUGUCGAGUCGAUUCUUCUCAGCGUGAUCUCCCUCCUUUCAUCCGACAAGCCAAAUUUGGACAGUCCCGCUAAUGUGGAUGCGGCGAAAGAAGUUCGAACCGACUUCGAAGGGUACAAGAAGAAGGUCCGCCGCCUCGUGAGGAGAAGCGCAGAGGAGGGUUGGGACUGAGUGUUUGCUCAUCUACCCCCUCCCCUCUUCUGUGCUCGACUUCCGUCGUACACUCGCUCCUACGGACUCUUCGUGUCAGUCGACGUCUCCCGAUGCAUCCAUGUCCUGUUCACGUCAUGUUCACGUCCACGUCUUUUGGGUCUCCAGUUGUAUCGUGCUAUCCUCCGUCUGUUUCGCCGUUACGCUGUUUACAUACUACACUCCUGCCUUCACCCAUCCCAAGCCCAUACAUUCCCACCGAUACUGUUACACGACACCCACAUCCGCCUUCCCUCGUAAUCGGGAGCAGUGUAAGAUUCUCUUCACACUGCACUCGCAUAGCAAUGUUGUCAUAGGAAUGUUUUGUAUCGAGAUAUAUAUCAGAACCUGUGCCUGUACUUAUU